UUGAGCCGAGUCUGCUAAUGAUGACAGCACCCUGUCAGCUGCUUGUGCUGAGAUGGCCUGAAAAUGAAGUCACGUAAAGGCAUGACAUUCCUGAGCAGCUCUGGGGAUAUGAAGACACAUCCAUGAUGGACCUGUUGGAUUUGAAAGGAUAGAAGGAAAAUUUGGUCAGUGAGCUGCCUGCACAACAGCGGCACUCAGGGAGCAGUGAGGGGUUCGGUGCUUUGCUCAAGGGCCGUGGACUGGUCGGGGAUCCAACCGGCAACCCUCCGGUUACAAGCUAGAAGCCCUAACCAGUUGCGAUGGCGUUGCUGGAGGACGAGCUGUCGUGCCCCGUGUGUCGGGAGCUCUUCAGGGAGCCGCUGCUCCUCCCCUGCGGCCACAGCUUCUGCCGCUCCUGCCUGGAGGAGAGCUGGAGGGAGCGGGGGAGAGAGGAGCGCCGCUGCCCGCUCUGCAGGCACCACAGCCAGGGCUCCAGGGACGUCACAGCCCCUAACCUGGCCCUCAGGAACCUCUGUGAGGCCUUCAGGAGAGACGGAGGGCCCACAGUGCUGCAGGCGAAUAGAGAGCACCAGCUCCUGGGUCCAGACGGCAGGUCUCAGGGCGUCUGCCCCGAACAUGCCCAGAGGCUGCAGCUCUACUGUCAGGAUGACGAGCAGCUGGUGUGUGUGGAGUGUGUGACUCAGGAGCACCACACACACACCUUCAGCUCCCUCUGCAAGGCUGCACACCAGCGCAGGCAGGACACCAUCAGAUCCAUAAUGCGAACUCUGGCAGAUCAGCUGGACGUUGACAAGAUCCUCUGUGGUGAAGCUCUUGCCCAUGUUAAGGAACAGGCAGCGCAGACGGAGGUGCAGAUAAAGGAGGAGUUUGAGAAGCUCCAGCAGUUCCUGAGGAGAGAGGAGGAGGAGCGGAUCACAGCCCUGAGGCAGGAGGAGGAGAGGAAAAGAUGGAGGCUGACGGAGAAGAUCGGGGAGAUGGAGGAGGCCGCGGUGACGCUGGAGAGGAGAGCCGAGCUCGUCGAGCUGGAGAUGGGCGCUGAUGAUGUCACCUUCCUACAGACUUACAAGGACAUGGAACAGAGAGUCAAGGCCAGUGUUUUAGAUCACACGCUGGAUGCAGGAGCCCUGAUUGACGUGUCCAAACACACGGGGAAUAUCCGAUUCAGAGCCUGGGAGAGGAUGAGGAGAAUCGCUCCAUACUAUCCCGUGGUUCUGGACCCGAACACGGCGCACCGGUUCCUGCACCUGUCCGAGGACCUGAGCUGCGUCUGGGACAGCGGAACCCGCGCCGACGUGCCGGAGAACCCCGAGCGGUUCGGCGAGUACGAGGAGGUGCUGGGCUCCGAGGGGUUCUGCUCGGGCCGCCGGGGCUGGGAGGUGGAGGUGGGCGGGGCCGAGAUCUGGAUUGUGGGCGUGGCCCAGGAGUCAUGUGAGAGGAAGAGGAAGUGCAAGACGGUGCCGGAUGAAGGGUUCUGGGUGAUCCACCACAGAGAUGGCAGGUACAGCGCCCUGGUGUCCACGGACGUGAGCGUCCCGCUGCACUCUGCCCACAAGCUGCAGAGGAUCAGAGUGGAGCUGGACUGGCCCGGGGGACAGGUGACCUUCACCGACGCCGACGCCCACACACACCUGCACACCUACACACACACCUUCACCGAGAGGCUGCACCCGUACUUCUACACGCAGGGCAAACAGCCGCUGAAGAUCCUGCCCGCCAGCGUCUCUGUGUGUGUGGGCGAGACGACGAUGACGGCGGCGAUGGCGACGGCUGUAGCGUAGCUGUGUGUGUGUGUGUGUGUGUGUGUGUGUGUCUGUGUGUGUGUGUGUCUGUGUGUCUGUGCUUCGUUUGAUUUUUGUGAGCUUUUUUUUAGUGACGCACUUUAAACGUUCUUUACCAGCUUGAGGUGCAAUUCUGUAGCAGAAGCCAGAGGGUUGAUCGGCAAUGAUGGGCAAUGUACAGUGCAAAGGGCUAAGAUUAACUAAAGCUAAUUUCAUAACUAGGUAAAGUCAAUUCUCCCUGUCAGCACCUCUGUGUCUGUGUGUGUGAUGAUGACUGCUUUCGCUUAGCUUUAGUGUGAUUUUUUUUAGCUCGUACUAACAUCACAUGUUAUUUUUGUGAGAGUCAAUUUUAACAGUGCACUUUAGAAGUUCUUUACCUGUUUGAAUGGCAAUUUCUGUCGAAAGACGUGUAUUGCCACAAGUAUUGCUUGAGGAAAAAUGCAUUAGAUCAGAGUUUUUCAAACCUUUGCAAUUUUUCAAAGGCUUAUUUUACCACUGGACAAUUCAAACUCAAAACUAUUGAUUCACAAGUGUGAUUUCUGAACUGCCUUAUGUACUUAUGGACAUCUGGUAACAUUUGUUGAGAUUUCCAAUUCCAAGUAUCCAUUGGUUUCUGUUGGUCAGACAGAAGACAGGGGAGUCUGCAAACCAUGGUUUGUUGGUCCAACUGUGCGAGCAAGAGGUCAGGCUUAAAUGAGAGGAACGUUUGUUUUAGUCCAUGUUACACUGAUUAACCGAUGAAAGGUGCUUGUUUUUGUCUCUCUUUUCAUGUUUAGUAUUCUUAGGAGUCCUAUUUUCUUAUGCCAUUAUGUCACUUUAGAGCGUUAUGUCUUCCUUUAUAUCGUAUUAAUUUAUUUUAUUUAUGAGUUGAUAUUUAUGAUGUGUUUAUCAUUAAUUGAUUUGAUUGAUGUUAGCGAAUUGAUAUGAAUUGUCAUUAUUUAUUGUUUUUAUUUAUAUUACUGAAUGAAUAUUAACAGAUUGUAUUACCUGCGUGCUGACGUGUGUUAUGGACUCGUAUGGAUGAUACAUUUCUCUACUUGUGCUCAUUGUUUACAUUAAAGAAAAAAGACAAUCA